AUGCCUAGCCUGCUGGUUCUAGCAGGGAUCAUGGAGAAAAAUGGGGGCUACGGCGGGGAUCUGGCCGGCUCCGGCUUCGGAGGCGAAGGUCUCCUUGUGCCGCCCGAUGAGGAGGAAGACGACUCCCGUGCCCUCAGGGUCGCGCUGGGCCAGCUGUCUCUGCUGGGGCUCGGGGAAGGCGAGGACGGCGGCGGAGCCCCAACAACAGGAGUACAGGACCGGAGCAACAAUAACAACAACCACCACAACCACACGAACAGCGUCGGGGGUGGCGGGGACACGGCGAUCCUGCAAGGGAAAAGCAAGUUGUGCGCCCUGUACGAGAGCUCCUCAAGUGAGACGAAAGGACGAGGCUGCAACAUAACAGAAUGCGUCCCAGUGCCCAGCUCUGAACAUGUGGCCGAAAUAGUGGGGAGACAAGGUUGCAAGAUCAAAGCCCUGCGGGCCAAGACCAACACCUACAUCAAAACCCCCGUUAGAGGAGAGGAGCCUGUGUUCUUAAUCACUGGCCGGAAGGAGGAUGUUGCACUGGCCCGCCGUGAAAUCAUCUCUGCUGCAGAGCACUUCUCCAUGCUCCGGGCAUCCCGCAACAAGCUGGGUGUGUCUUUUAGUGGCUCCCCGCCCACACCUUUGCCAGGUCAGACCACCAUUCAGGUGAGAGUGCCAUACCGUGUCGUGGGGCUGGUAGUGGGGCCUAAAGGAUCCACCAUCAAACGCAUCCAGCAGCAAACCUGCACUUACAUCGUCACUCCCAGUCGAGACCGCGACCCUGUCUUUGAAAUCACAGGGUCACCGAGCAACGCCGAGCGGGCCCGCGAGGAGAUCGAAGCGCACAUCGCCUUCCGAACAGGAGGCCUGCACGACCACAAUAAUGAGAACGACUGUCUGGGGCCGAACGGUGGAAGCAGCCCAGCGGGCAGCAGCGGUGGUCUGGAGAGCCGGCUACAGCAGGUGUGGGGGCUGCAGGGGGGCCAGCGCAAGCCUCUCACCAGCAGCUACCGCCAGAACUUCUCAGAUGCCAUGGUUGGAGGGGGAGGGGGAGGAGGAGGCGAGGGAGGGGGGAUCUACAACAAGGGCAACUUCUCCAGUUCUGGAGAGAAGCCUUGCUCUUAUUUUGGAUCAGAGGGUACCCAGAGCUGGGGUGACCCUGACUACCCCAAACAGGUGGCCUUCUAUGCCCAGCAGCGUUCCAAGAGCUUUGGAGGCCUCCCACUCCCCCUGACCAGACUCUCCCCUGGCUUACCCGAGCCCUGCGGAGGUGGGAGCACCAACAACUCUUCAGUCACCAGCAUUGUGCCCGUAGCCGGCUCACCUCAUGCCCAGGCCCGCCGCGCCCACAGUGAGCCCACCUCAGCCGGCGAGGGUUUCCCAGGCCGUCUGCCAGUGCCGGACUCGCCGCCGGCCACUGUGCGGGACUGCAUGACCUGCUUCGAAAGCAAAGUGACGGCUGCCUUGGUGCCCUGUGGCCAUAACCUCUUCUGCAUGGAGUGUGCCAUCCGAAUCUGUGAGCUCAACCACCCGGAGUGCCCAGUGUGCCACACCCAGGUCACACAGGCCAUCCGAAUAUUCUCUUAAGGAACCACAUCAGUUUUUAUCAUUAGUUUUGUCAGUGUUUGUUCAAUAAUUAUUUACUGUUAUUAUGAUUAUUAUUAUAAUACACAUUUUUGUUUUUCAGAAAAUUUAAAAACAAUCAAGCAGAUAUUUUAGAAGGCACUGCUUGCUUUACUAAAAAGUAUAAGAAAUAUUUUUAAGUUUUUCUUUUAUAUAUAUAUAUGCAUAUAUAUUUUAUAAAAGUUUUGUUUAUAAGAGAAGUAUAGUACCUUGCAUUUUCAGUUUUUUGACUGCUGCUGUUUUUCAUUCAUGAAUCACAGUGUAGGCAGAGGUAGACAGUAAUGUGAACAUUUUAUUAUUCAAAUUUUUUAUUUUACCAUGAAGUGGGUUUAUAUGGAAGGAAGAAGAUGAUUGUUGAGGUACCCAAUCUGCACCUGACUGACCUAGAAAGUCGAUGUUGUUAUUAGAAGGAAAAAAAAAUGUAGAAUUCUCAUUGCACCUUACAAUCAUCUUGGUCUAAAAUAGGAUUUUCAAUCAUACCUUGAAAUUUCAGGAGCUGAUAUGAAGAUGAAUACAGCGUUUUGAGUUUUACUGUGAUUGUGGUUUCGAUAUAAUUGGUCCAAAAUAGAUAUUAAUUUUAGCAAAACGAAAAUGUGAAUAUAUUGGUUCUAGUUGAAGCCGAGUACUCUUUGCAAGAAAACAAAAGACAUCCCCAUAUUUCAUUCUUAUACCUUAAAGUCUUACAAACCAGAUUAAUCCUAAAUGGGGUUAGGACAUUACAUUGUUUAUUUAGAGUAAUUGGUUACAUUUUAUUGCUAUCAUUAUUCACAGAGUUAGAUGAAAGUUGUAUAAAGUAUCAGUAAAAUUUUCUUUCCAGUAGCCAUUGAUUACACUUUGGUCACUGCAGUUUGUUGAAAAGAUUCAGUAAUGCUUGCUCCUCGUGGCACUUGAAAAGCAUGUGGUUCCUCGGUUGGCUUAAAGCACUGAUUUAAUUUGAGGCCAAAAGCCUUGGAAUUCAUCCAGUUGGCUAGUUCUCGAUAUCUGUCUCCCCAAUGGACUUGUUUCAAAGCCACCUUAACCGCGCUUUAUUGUCUUGUGUGGUCAUUUGGCCACAGUCGCUGAACGAUAUAGGGCACAGCAAGAGCUCCAGUCAACAAGCAUUUCUCGGAGGUGUGCACUGUAAAUAAGGAGGAGAAUUAGUACGUGGACAGAAGCCGAGUGAAACUGUAAAACGCUUCCUGAAUCAGCAGCAGACUCCGAUUAAAAUAGUUGACACUGUAAAAUACAGAGUCCCAAAUCAGUAAUCCUUACUCCACGUCCCCAAUUUCUAACAGCAUUAUGUGUGAGCUCCGAGGGGCCAGCUGUCUCCCCUGUAAUUAGCAAAGCUGUACAGGAGCAGGUGUUUCAUGGCACACUGUGGCUGUGACCCCAAGUUGGAGGUCUCGCCUAGCCCCCUUUCUUUCUCUCUUUUCUUUGGCUUUUAUGUCUCCCCCCUGCUUACAGUUCGAACGUUUGCUUUCGUAGGCCUCUCUGAGAGGGGCGUAUUGUCUGGGCCUGGUAGCGGCGUGGGCUGCAGAGUGCUCGGACACGGCCUGGAUCUACUCAUUGAUAAUUAGGCAAAUGGGUCGGUCCAGGUGCGGACCGUGUGGGGACUCUGGAGCUGUAUGAGGGGUAGGACAGGGUCCCGCAGCGAGCCCCUUACUGCCCCACCCCACUGUUACAGGCACAGAGGGGGCUGGAUGGUCUGGAUGCAGCUGGGCGAAUAGGACCCCCUCCUUCCACUCCCUCUUGCCCCUUCCUCCCCCUCCUUCCCUCCUUUUCUGCUGCUCUGAGCUAUCCCUAUUGGGGAGAGGGGGCCUCUUUUGUCCCAAAACACACACACACACACACAAAAUUUGAAAGACACUAGCUGAAUUUGGCAGCGCCUGCCAAACGAGGGGAGGCUCAGGAGCAAAAUAAAUUAUCUACAGUUAUCGGGAGAUACACCAGUUACCUGUUUUCACUGUCGCACAAUUCGAAGUAUACCAGCUGCAAAUAAAUGUGCGAGCUCACCUUUAAAAGAAAGAUUGCGUGACGUUAUCGCACAGGGUGCAGCAUUAACUCCCCCUCCACUCCCCAACUGCACCGCCCUGAAAUUUGUAUGGGGUUCUGUUUGUGUGACAGCGCCAGUGCAGAUCGUGUCAGCUCGCAACUGUAUGGGACAUCCUGCAGCUGCCCCUUCACUAUGGACACCCGGGCUUCAGCCAAUGGCAGCCCCCCCUCCCCUGCUUUGAGCUUCCAGAAUGAAAUCAGACAAUUGUAAUUGACAGGAAAGCAGAGGAAACGCCCCAUUUAACCAGCACUCAUGCUGAAUCAAAUUACACACCCUCUGCGUCUGCCUUAGCCCCAGCCUGGGGAUUUCAGAGGGCUAGAGGAGAGCGGAUGGGGGUAGGGAUUAAAGCUGUUGAAUGAUAGGGGAGGGGACAUUUUGGCUGGAGAAAGAGAGAAGCAUGCCCCCAAAAAAUUCAACCUUGCAGCAGUUUUAUUGAUCAUUGAAGUCUCGCAGCGAGUUUUGAGAUGUCGUCACAUGUGGGCCAGUAGUGUUGACGGGGAACACCAUUGAUUCAGCAGGCCCCUCUUGUGUUGUACUGGAGAACAAUUCAACUCGGCUUCUGUCUCAAAAAAGAAUUAAUUACAAAUUGUGUCUUCUAGGACACAAAGGCCCCUCCUUUUUGAAAAAAAACACACACACAAAGCAGGCCACUCGCAUUACGGGCGGACUGCGGCGAAAGCACUGUACUUGGAAAAAGUACCCUGAAAUCUACACAUGUAGAAAUAAAGAAUAGUUAUGAUGUUAUGGAUGGAGACAUUGCACAUUGGUUUGGCUUAAGCUUUCAACAUCAAAUUCAAGGCAGUAUGACACUGUUCUUUGAACUUAGUAUUUUUGUUGUUUUAGUUUUCUGCCUUAACAUUUUUUAUUAAAAUAUUGCCAUUACUUUGGCGUACAAGGUAGCAACUUUGGCCUUUGAUAGUACCGCCCCCGGAAACGACUUUUAAAGUACUUAUUUUUGGAGAAAAGAAUGUGAAUCAAACUUCUUGGGUGGGGAUUAGAGGGAUUCAGGAAAUUAGGCUCUUAAAACACUUUACUCAAAAUAUAAAGUAGAGCACCUUAUUACAAACAUGCGCAUGUGAUUAAUACCAAACCGACCGCUGAUGGUGAAAUACAUUUCAUAGAAUCUGAAAGACAUGCACAUAAGGAUUCCCUAUCAUUUUUUUGUAUUAUGGUGGUUCUUGUUCUUCUUAAUACUACAGUAGUACUAGUGGUAAUUUGGGAGACCUCUCAUCCAUUUAGUCAAUGCUAAUGACUUGGUUGAGUUUUGCACUGGUUUAAUGAAGAGAGGGCUUAUUGGAGAUUCUCCCCGUUUAGACGCUGUAUAAGUUGAUGAGUAUUGUACUUUAUGGCAAAGCACUCUGAGCAUCUAUGUAAAUACAGUAUGUGUAUCGGUUACGAACAUCCAGACAAAGGCCCGCUUAAAGUGAGGUUUUGAUUAUUUUUACAAACUGAAGGUGUCAUUGUCAAUGUUUUAGCGUAUGGAAUUCAAAAUGAGUUUUAGGGAGAGUAAAUCUUUUAUAUAUGCGCCCCAUCAUCCUUUUGACUAUAAUAGUAUAUUAGAUAGAACCAUACAUUUAAGAAAUAUUAUUUAAACUGAUUAACUUAGUAUUUCAUCCAAAUAUAUAGAUAAGAAAUUAACCAGACACUACUAUAAACUGUAAUAAUGAAUAUCCUUUAUGAAGCCGCUGAUGUAUAAAUCCAGUCUCAAAUAAAAACUCAAUGAACAGUAUGUGUAAUAACCUAACCCCUAAUGAAUAAAUCAGUUUCUAUGUAUAUUAGGAUGAAAAGCAAUAAUAGGACUAUACUGGGACAAUAAACACAGGAGCCUGCUUAGUCAGUUCUUUAAAUAAUAUUCUAUUCAGAAAUUGACCUUCAUAUUAAGAUAAUACCAUUUCUCCAUUUCUGUCUCAUGUUUGCUUAAAAUUCAUUAUGGAUUCAUGCCAGUGUAGAAACAGAGAUGUAAUUAAUUAGUAACAGUUUCAGGAUAAGUAAUUGUUGUGUUCAUCAGGGUUUUAGUCAUUUUGAUUGCCUUCUUUAAAAAAAAAAACACUGAAUAUCAAUCAGAUCACAAUGUGGGUCAAGACAAACUUAAGGAUUCCCUCUCCUGAGUAGCACCGAAAUGAUGAAAGUGUGAU